AAUAAUAUGCAUACCUGGUGUAGAUAUUACCGCCAAACGAGUCAUAAUAAGUUUGAGUGUGAGAAAUCUAGAGCAAGGAUCAUCUGCUACAACUGUCAACACCUUGGACACCGAUCAUUUGAAUGUCCUCGUAAAGCACCCCUGAAUCCAUUGAAGAAGCAUAGAACACCAGCACCUAAGAAACAGAAUGUUGAGGGUGUCUUACCUCAUGCUACUAAAGAGGAUCAGUUGGCCCCUUCAACUAAAGCCUUAGAAUCGCAACAUGCACCAAAGGACCAACGUGUCGUCCUUCCUCGAAAAAGAAGAAUUUGA